ACAAAAUAUUAUGUUUUUAGCCUGUGAAGGGAGAUCACUUACACCAAAUCUCAAAGAAGCAGACAUUGUAGAAGUGCCGUUAAAAGGACAGUUCCAAUUAACGACAACGUGCAAUAACACAUCAAAUUUAACAGUAUUUGCUGAAGAGUUCAAAAGAGAUACUUGGACUGAAAUUGCAUUACAAGUUGCUUUCUCUGAACCAGACAAGAUUAUCCUGAAUGACUCAAGACGUGAUUUGAACGGAACAUUACUGAGGAUUUCAUUAAUCGAUUACUGUCAUAACAACAUCUGCGUAAUUGUGAAACUUCCUGGAACAGUAAAUUUCUCAAUGUUAAACACCGAUGCUUUCACAGCUACCGUUUCAACAAUGACGCCAGAAAAAAUUGAAACAAUAACAAGAGAUCCUAUGACAUCUUCUACUGCAUCCACAAAUGCUGUGAACACCACUCCUAGUGUUUCUAAAAUGGAGGAUUCGGAAAUGUCAACAGAACUGGUUCUUGGUAUUCUAGCUGGUGUACUUGUAUUAGUACUAUUAGCAUCGAUACUUGUUUGGAAAAGGCGUAAAACCAAGAAAAAAACAAGAAAAGCCAGCAUCAAAUAUGUUUUUAAUAGAUCGCAAAAGAUGGCCAAAACACCUGAUUGUAAAAACUGUUACAAAACUGAUAUUCCGAAAGAAGCUGACACUAGCGCAACGGCGAAUAACAACUCAAGUUCCGAAGAUCAUGUUACCAUUGAUGUAAAAAAGGAAAGUGAAACAGCCGUCAAAACCAAUUAAACUUUUAUAACUGUGUUCCCACAAGGAGAACGAAGAUGAAGCGUCUAUAUAUGACAACAAUGGUGUAAUUACUCAAACGAAAGAACUAAUGUUUCCAAAAAAUGUAAAAAUUUUUGUCGCAAGACAACUACGAUGCGUAGAUAUUUGUAUGUAUUUUCUUUGUAAAAAUGUCGAAACAAAAAUCUGUAUUUUUAAUACUGUGGUUAACAUUACUAAUUGACUCGGAAAUAAAAAGACCACAUGUUGA